GAGUUCUCGGCUGGCGCAACUAAAGAUCCACGCGCGCACGCACACGGGAGAGAUACCUUACGCAUGCGACAUAUGCGGCUCCGCCUAUACCACCUCCGGCAGCCUCAAGAAGCACUUUCUCACGCACACGGGCGAGAAACCGUACGCGUGCGAUACGUGCGGGUAUCGGUGCUCUCAGCUCAGUGGCUUACAGGCGCACGCACGCACGCACACGGGAGAGAAACCGUACGCAUGCGAUGUAUGCGAGUACAGGAGUUCUCAGCUGACGAAUCUCAAGAUCCACGCGCAGAAACCGUACGCGUGUGACAUAUGCGGCUCCUCCUACAUCUGCUCCGGGCACCUCAAGACGCACUUUCUCACGCACACGGGCGAGAAACCUUACGCGUGCGUCGCAUGCGAAUACAGGACUUGCUACCGCGAGAACCUGAAAAUGCACAUGCGAACGCACACGGGAGAGAAACCGUAUGCGUGCGAUGUAUGCGAGUACAGGUGUUCUCAGCGGGGGAAUCUCCAGAGCCACGCGCGCACGCACACGGGAGAGAAACCUUACGCGUGCGAUAUAUGCGGCUCUGCCUACACCAACUCCGGCAGCCUCAAGAAGCACUUUCUCACGCACACGGGCGAGCAACCUUACGCGUGCGACGCGUGGCUGAGUACAGGAACUUGCUACCGGCGAGAGCCUGAAGACUCACAUGCGAACGCACACGGGAGAGAAACAUACGCGGCGAUGUAUGCAGAGUACAGGUGUCGCGCGCGCGAGUCUCCAGAGCCACGUGCGCACGCACAGGAGAGAGAAACCGUACGCGUGUGA